AUGAUGCUGGCAGCAGAGCUGUGGUGUCACUGCAUCCAGACUGUCACAGGGCUAAUACUGCCGAAGCACCUGGCCAAUGUAGAAAUCAUUCCUAAGGGCCCACACUGCAACACUGGAAAUCAU